AAGUCUAUCGGUUAAAUGAAAACCCCCAAGAGUGAGCUUGGCCCCUUUUUGACCCUUUUCUUGUUUUUUUACUCGACUGUUUGUAGAGUGCAACGUGCUGGAAUGUGGUAGCUAGCCAGAGAACAUGGGAGAUCAAACUCCACAACUGAACGGCAACUUCCUAAUCACCAGUGGUGGUUCAUCAGUGAUUCCCAAGGCCAACACAACAGCAGAUUUCCGCGUUUUCCCUGAAGAGGUCGCAUCCAAACUUGAGCCUGAAUCGGUCUCAAUGGAGCUCCGCAGCCACGGCGACAUAAGCAACAGUGGUCGAACCCAAAGUCUCCCAGAAAGUGGCAGCAUCCCAACGCCGGACGUAGCAGAACGACGACCCCUUGACUCCACUCCUCUGUCCCCUUCACUUCCUUCUCCAUCACCUCCCAAGGGAAGCCCUGAACUCCCCCCUCCGCCCCCCCUCGUCCCAACCCAGCCGCUGCCGUCACCCAAACCUUCGCCAAACCCCACCCCACCGUCGACCCCGCUCCUGGCCGAGAGCCCCCGGCACCCGGCCAACCUCCACCUAAAGACGCUGCCGCGGCUUCUCCCGCGAGAGAAUGGAGGGCCUCCCACUUUGAUGAAUGAGGAUGAGGAGGAGAGAAAGAUGCUGGAGGAAGAUCUAAAGAAAUGCAUCGAUGACUUCAAAAAGAUCCGCAUGCCCAAAGUGUUUCCAGAUCGCAAGAGGCACUGGCAAAAUGACUUGCUCAAGAAGUAUAAUGCAUAGCAGCAAACCAUUUAAAUAUAUCCAUUUUUUACCUCUGAUCCGGAGAGUCCACAGUAUUUUCAUGGUGCUUGCAUCCACUUGUGACCACCCUUGGCAAGUUUACUUCGGCUUCACAAUUAGAUGCUAUCAGCUAGCCAGUACGCACACUAACACUCGAGCUUGCCCAUCGUACACAAAAAUGUACCUUUAGGCUGAUAUACGUUUGUGUUCAACAAUUAAGUCACCAUUAAAUAUUCCCAAAGUUCA